CGGAGCUUCUGGCAGGCGAACACAUCAACAACCACGCUUUCGUUUACCCGCGCCUUCACCACAUACUGUUCCAAGUCCAGACAACACAUUUUUUAUCGCCGUCAUAACAGGUCAACAAAAAAUUUAUCCUACCCACCAUGGCUGACGUCGCGGUUGAAAACCCAGCCAACACUGUCCCGCCUCACAAGAAGCAGCUCCCGUCAUCGAUACCCAACUUUGACUCGCUGGAGGGAUUCUCCACCGACGGCAAUGAUGACUAUUCCACCUUCAAGAAGCUCCAACGGCAACUUGAGUAUAUCCAUCUUCAGGAAGAGUAUAUCAAGGAUGAGCAGCGGAGUCUAAAGAGAGAACUUGUACGCGCACAGGAAGAAAUCAAGCGGAUUCAGAGUGUGCCUUUGGUCAUAGGACAGUUCAUGGAGGCGAUCGACCAGAAUACUGGUAUUGUGCAGUCAUCAACCGGCUCCAACUACGUUGUUCGUAUCCUAUCUACUCUCGACCGCGAGCUUCUCAAGCCUUCUUCCUCUGUUGCCCUCCACCGACAUUCGAAUGCGCUCGUCGACAUCCUUCCCCCAGAAGCCGACUCCUCCAUCGCUAUGCUUGGCCAAGACGAGAAACCAGAUGUAUCGUAUGCAGAUGUGGGUGGCUUGGAUAUGCAGAAGCAAGAAAUCAGGGAAGCUGUAGAGCUGCCACUGACCCAUUUCGAUCUGUACAAGCAAAUCGGUAUCGAUCCGCCGCGCGGUGUGCUUCUGUAUGGCCCACCUGGAACAGGAAAAACUAUGCUGGUGAAGGCAGUGGCCAACAGCACGACAGCAUCCUUCAUUCGCGUAGUGGGGUCUGAAUUUGUGCAGAAAUACCUAGGCGAAGGACCGCGCAUGGUGCGCGAUGUGUUCCGAAUGGCGCGGGAGAACUCACCUUCCAUCAUAUUUAUUGAUGAGAUCGAUGCUAUUGCCACAAAACGCUUCGACGCGCAGACAGGUGCCGACCGAGAGGUGCAGCGUAUUCUCCUUGAACUCUUGAAUCAAAUGGACGGCUUCGACCAAACCUCCAACGUCAAAGUCAUCAUGGCAACGAACCGUGCAGACACUCUCGACCCGGCUCUUCUUCGACCCGGUCGUCUGGACCGAAAGAUUGAGUUCCCUUCGCUACGCGACCGUCGUGAGCGCCGCCUCAUCUUUGGCACAGUCGCAAGCAAGAUGAGCUUGUCUCCUGAAGUGGACCUGGACAGCUUGAUCGUACGGAACGACCCCCUUUCCGGUGCUGUCAUCGCCGCCAUCAUGCAAGAUGCUGGUCUAAGGGCUGUGCGGAAGAACAGGUACAACAUCAUUCAGAGUGAUUUGGAGGAUGCGUACUCGAGCCAGGUCAAGGGUGCGACAGAGGCGGAUAAGUUUGACUUCUACAAGUAA